AUGCAUACGGCAGAGGACUUGGCCAGUUUAACUGCUGAGGAAUUCGCCUCCAACAUAAAGGCGAUCAUUCUCGAAUUUAGAUCACGCCUUGACGAUCCAAAACAAAGACAAUCACCAGAGAAUGUUGAGAUUCAGAAUCUGCUUGUCUCGCGUGCAGCUGAACCAGCAGUUGUAACGGACAUCACACCUAUCCUCACAUCGAUACCAACAAAAGAUGAUAGAGUCACUGAAACCCUGCAACAAACAUUAUUUUGGAACAUUCUUGUUAAGAUGUCUUUCGAGCAGCUCCAAUCUUAUCGAUCCAUCUUUAAAGCGGUCAACGCUCAGGAUACAGGAGUUCCCGACCGAAGGGGUUCACACUUGAGGAAUAUGAAACUUCUCAAGUGUUUCACACUCAAUCCACAGUCAAUCUGGGUGCCUGAGACCGAUUGUGACCCUAUUGGCGGCCGUACCCUGUCUGAAAGGGUUCAUACCGCGGAGCAGAUGCGUCCGUACAUGCGCGAAAUGUAUUUCUGGUUCCAUGAUCGCAAUGACCAUUUACCCUAUGAAGACUGCCAGAAGCGGCUCGCUCGAUUUCCGGAGACUGCCAUCGCGGUGGCAGCGGACAUCAUAGAUGAGAUGGCUAUGGACAAGGCUCAUUUGUGGGGUAAUAUCGAGUACUUGGUCACGAUAGUCAAUUUUGUCUCUUCGUAUAUACCAGUUGGGGAGAUUUGGAUGUUGAUGCGAAAGUCUGUAGAGUUUUUGGCACGGGUUCUAAGAGAGGCCGUAAAGGAAGGCAUUGACGUAGUUGUCAAUGAAGAUUGUCUGAAUGAUUGUGAGUGGCUUUCUGAAUUGGAUGAAUGGGAGAAGGACGAUAGCGAGGAGGAAGAACGUGAGGAGGAAGAAUAG